UGCGACACAAUGUGUUACCGACUGCUGACUGGGCACUUUCUUAAACUAACAACAAUUGAUUGACAAUCUAAUCCAAUUCGACUACAAUAAUCUGAUGCUUGGAUCCGUUUAAACACAGUAGUCCACAAAGUAAUCGAAUCAUGAAGCUGACCAUCGCUUUGGCCGUAUUGUUCCUCGUCUGCGGAGCGCAAGCUCGAUCGGUAGAAGGCGAUGGCAAGGACCAGCUGAAGGUCUUGGUUGACCAUUUGGAAGAUACCAUGAAGCCAAGUCUGACCGAGACCCGCCAGCAAGUGAAUAAAAUUAAAACAGACAUGAUAAAGUCAAAGGAGGAGGUCGUGAAAAAGCGCGACAAGCUUGUCUCAGAGUUCCUAGCUCAAGGCUUCUUAAGUUCGACGAAAGAUAAAAUACUCCUCGCGGCAGCCUCGAUGUCAAACGACUCAUCCAGUUGCAUGUCCAAGUCCUACGCCAUAACGCUCGAAAUAGCUUACAGCAAAAACGUCCUGCGCUACUGCGUCGACACCGCUUUGCCGAAUCACCUGAAGCCGGUGAACGAGGUCCUCCAGGCGAUCGACAAGACAAUCUUGAACGUUGACGUUUAUGUCAAGGCGGUCAAACAGUGCCUCGACGAUACCGAGUGCUUGAAAGACGCUAAGGAUGCCAUCGACGAGCUUGAGAGGAAGACACAUGGACAGGUCAAUUUGUGGAAGUUGAGAGAUCAACACCAUAAAUUGUUGAAAGACUUGGAGGCGUGCGAAAAACAAACAGCUUUCGAUGUAUUGAUAGCCCAAUUCCGUGCAGCGGAAGAUGACGUCAGAAAAUGUCUCGUCAAAUUGAUCCCUGUAUAGUGUACAUGACUCUCGAUUUUCAGAUCAGGAUCUCAUUUCCAGAAAUUGAAUUGAAAGAUUUGCAUUACUUUCAAUCGGUUUAGAAAAAUGAUAAUAAUAAAAUUCUUACACCUAGA